UGAAAAGCGAAGAGACAAAAGUGGCAAACGUGUGGAUGAUGUCUUUCACAGUGUUCGGUCUUCUUCUUGUUCCUCCAAUCAUGUUCAACCAAAUCUCAGCUUCACUGUUCACUCUCUCCAUUCCACUUCUCUCGCUGACCUCUAUUCACCGAGAUCAAUGUCUCUUCUGAUCAGAUCCUCUUACCUUUCUCAAUCUCACAUCCAACCUAGAAACUCAAAACCAUCCUCUCACACAAAUCAAACCCCGUUGAAACUAGUGUUCUUAUCUUCUUUUAACCACAACCCUCUCGUCAGUUUGGUGAAUAAACGCAACCCGACAAUGCAACCUCCCACCUUUCCUCCUUCGAUGACUGUUAAGAGCUCCUUGAUUGACCCAGACGGUGGGGAACUCGUUGAAUUAAUGGUUUCCGAAUCUGAGAUUAAGCUGAAGAAGGCUGAGUCAGAGACGAUGCCGAAAGUGAAGCUGACGAAGAUCGAUCUGGAGUGGGUGCACGUGAUCAGCGAAGGAUGGGCUAGUCCUUUGAAAGGGUUCAUGAGAGAAGACGAGUAUCUUCAGAGUUUGCAUUUCAACUCUCUGAGGUUGAAAGAUGGGUCUCUGGUCAACAUGUCGCUUCCUAUUGUUCUUGCUAUUGAUGAUGACACCAAGGAACAGAUCGGUGUGUCUAAGAAUGUUGCUCUUGUUAGCCCUCAAGGAGAUGUCAUCGGUUCUCUUAGAAGUGUGGAGAUAUACAAACACAACAAGGAAGAAAGGAUUGCUAGAACUUGGGGAACCACUUCUCCAGGACUGCCUUAUGUUGAAGAACACAUCACUCCAUCUGGAAACUGGCUGAUCGGUGGAGAUUUAGAAAUUUUCCAGCCUAUUAAGUACAACGAUGGGCUUGAUCACUACAGGCUAUCUCCUAAACAACUUAGGAAAGAGUUUGACAAUCGUCAAGCGGAUGCUGUGUUUGCAUUCCAGCUAAGGAACCCUGUGCACAACGGCCACGCUUUGUUAAUGAACGAUACACGUAAAAGGCUUUUGGAGAUGGGUUAUAAGAACCCUAUUCUGCUGCUUCAUCCUUUGGGAGGUUUCACUAAGGCUGAUGAUGUUCCUCUUGAUGUUAGAAUGGAACAACAUAGCAAGGUUCUUGAAGAUGGAGUGCUUGACCCGGAGACUACUAUUGUCUCGAUAUUUCCAUCACCGAUGCACUAUGCUGGUCCAACAGAAGUUCAAUGGCACGCCAAGGCUAGGAUUAACGCAGGUGCUAAUUUCUACAUUGUGGGACGUGAUCCAGCGGGAAUGGGACAUCCUACUGAGAAGAGAGAUCUGUAUGAUCCUGAUCAUGGGAAGAAAGUCUUGAGCAUGGCUCCUGGACUUGAGAAACUAAAUAUUCUUCCAUUUAGGGUUGCAGCUUACGAUACAGUUGAGAAGAAGAUGGCGUUUUUCGAUCCCUCUCGCGCAAAAGAGUUUCUUUUCAUUUCUGGAACUAAGGUAAUAAUAACUAGGGACAGUUUUGAGUUGUAAGAAAAGGAUCCAGUUUACAAGCUGAGUUUUUCACCGGUUUUGGUUAACAGAUGAGAACGUAUGCAAGAACAGGAGAGAGUCCACCAGAUGGGUUUAUGUGUCCGAGUGGAUGGAAUGUUCUUGUCAAAUACUAUGAGAGCUUGCAAGAAAGUGAUGAAUCAUCUAAACAACAACAAGCCGUUGUUUGAGUUGUCCGUGGUGGCUGCCGGCUUGUGUUUCACCAGUUCAGCCCUUCAUUUUAAGCUUACCUAUUUUUGUCUUGUGAAAAGUCACCAAUGUUUUCCAAAACCAAAUAAUAAUCUUGAAUAAUGUGUUCUUGCUGAUGAAUUUGAAUGUCAUUGGAGCCUCAUGGGGUAUUUUUA